UUCUUAACAGAUCCCUCAGAACCGCUCGAUAUCGACAAUCAUUUGGCUCAACACAUGAUACAACGGCUCGAUCAAUCUCCCAUGCAUACGAUUCACCAUCAGACCGGUGACGAAUCAAAUUCGAAUCUGGUACAGCAUAUAAAGAGUGAAGUAAUCGAUGCCAAACAACACCAGCAGCAGCAGCAACAACAGCAGCAACAACAAGCUGCUGCUGUAGCUGCCGCUCAUCAUCAAGCUCAACAGCAGCAGUUGCAUGCACAACAAUUAGCAGCAGCGCAAGGACAAACACAUCAGCAGCAACAACAGCAACAGGCCCACCAGCAGCAGCAACAACAGCAGCAGGCACAUCAACAUCACCAACAGCAACAGGCCCACCAGCAGCAGCAUCAUCAGGAAAUAACCGGAGCCACCGUUAUGGAGAUUGAUCCGAGCCAAAUAAAACAUGAGCCGGGCAUGAUAAUAACACCGGAAAUUGUAAAUAUGAUGACGACAGGGCAUAUGGACAUGUACAAUUCCGAUACGAGCGAUGAUUCAAUGAUGAUUGCCAACGGUUCACCACAUGAUCAAAAUGAACCCCAUUAUACGAAUUUAGAUCAACAGCAUGGCGAUAUGAAAGGUCAGUUUAAUGGUCCCAAAACUUGGACACAAGAUGAUAUGAAUUCAGCUUUAGAUGCACUGAAGAAUCAAAACAUGAGCCUGACGAAAGCAUCCGUUACCUAUGGCAUCCCCUCAACCACACUUUGGCAAAGGGCCCACCGCAUGGGCAUCGAAACACCGAAGAAGGAAGGAGGUACAAAAUCAUGGAACGAAGACUCACUCAACAAUGCACUGGAGGCUUUGCGUUCGGGACAAAUAUCGGCGAAUAAAGCAUCGAAAGCCUUUGGUAUACCUUCGUCAACGUUGUACAAAAUAGCACGACGUGAAGGUAUACGAUUGGCAGCGCCUUUUAAUGCCGCCCCCACCACCUGGACGCCGGAAGAUUUGGAAAGGGCCUUGGAGGCAAUACGUGCUGGGCAUACAUCGGUACAGAAGGCAAGUGCAGAAUUUGGUAUACCCACAGGCACAUUGUAUGGUCGUUGUAAACGUGAGGGCAUCGAAUUAUCCCGUUCAAAUCCUACACCCUGGUCUGAAGAUGCUAUGAAUGAAGCUUUAAAUUCUGUGCGCAUUGGCCAAAUGUCUAUAAAUCAAGCUGCUAUCCAUUAUAAUUUACCUUAUAGUUCAUUAUAUGGUCGUUUUAAGCGUGGUAAAUACGAUGUAGCCAAUACGAGUGGUACUUCCAUUAAUAAUACAUCGGGCAAUACCUCUGGUAGUAUUGAAAUUAUUGAACAUAGUCAAGAGAAUUCGGUAAGUAUUUAAUUUGUUGUAAAUUAU